AUGGUCACCAUAGUGAUUUUCUUGGCGACUUUGUUUUUUGUUUGCUGUGUGAUAUGGUAUGUUACCCCUUUGGUCAUCCGCAAUUUAGACGAACGGUUUAUGUUUGUAUCAAGAGAACCUAGGAAAUUUGAGUGUGAUCGCAAAUUGGAUGGCGCCCGGUAUUUUGUAAUGAACGGACACUCUAAAUUUGGAAGAUCAUUCUUGCUCGACUUGGCGGAUAGAGGCGCCUAUUUGCAUUUGGUUCAUACUCCUAGGGAGGAGAAGAUCUAUAAACAAUUGGCAGUCGAGUUGAAGAAGAAAGCCAAGAAAUGUAAUGUAAUACUCGAGAAGUGUGAUUUACUGCUGUACGAUGCUAUUGAAGACUUUUCAUGGGAGCAUGUUAGUAAGUUCGGUAGCAAUUUCUCUGGCUGCUUGUACUUCAAAAGAGACUGUAGUUCUUUAAGUUUAGAUUCGAGGGCUUUGCGCCUGACAUUGUAUUUGAUAAAAGCGCUUUUGUCCUCUGAUCCUGACAGACCAAAGGCCCGUUUCGUUUUUGUUUCCGAAUUCGGUGGUAGUCCUUUCCACCGAGAUGAAAGAUAUGACAGGAUUCUCACUAUUUUGGAAAAGUGGCAAGAUUAUAGGUCUCACUUCAAUUGUCCUCGUCCUGCGCCCGAAGUGGCUUUUGCAAACACAGGGUGUAUUUGGAAUGGCUCAGAGUUCUCUUUCGCCUAUGUCCUUCAUUGGCUCGGUCACAAGGUGAACGCCAAUAUGCCAUGUCAUCAAGGACAGAACUCUGUCUUGCAUGCGUUACUAUCCAAAGAGGAAUCAAGAGGUGAUGGUGUUUAUUUCGUGAACGAUAGCGAGUGGCACAUAGCGCCCCAUUUCGAGAGAGUGGACUCCGAAGGAAAAAAGAUUGUUCACUACAAACUCAAGAAUACACCUGAGCAUGAAGCUUUGCGCGGAAAGUCAUAUGAAGAAGUUUCCGAAUACUACAGGAAAAAAGCCUAUGUCAAGGAGUCAGCAUUAAAAAAGAUUCCAAAGCCAAAGUUACGCUAUGACAUCAUGUCUUUUGAACCAGCUAUGAUCCUGCCCGCAUAUGCUUCUGAGUUAUCUGGUAAUGGUGGUGGUUUCAUUCAGGAAGGUGACACACUGGGAGAGGAAGAGACGAGCGACAAUGAGCCAAGUGAACUGCUGGAAAUUUUGCAGCAACUCGCCGCCAUUUCUUCCUCAAUUUCUAGAAUAGAAAGAAGACUUGUUGCGGUAGAAUCCUUUGCAGUAGAAGAGAAAAAUUCCGAAGGGCAUGUGCAAAACGUUGCUCCUCCUCAGGAGUUCGCUGAUCACUCUGACAAGCCUGAAGAUGUUUCCACUCAAGAAAUUGACCAACAGCUUUCUUUAGAACCAACACCAACUCUUACGAGUUCCGAAACUCGGAUGUUGCUGUCGCCUCUGCCUCAAUUCAUGCCUAGGCUCACCGCUGUUUAA